CCUGCGACAUGAUUGGAUCAUUGCUGCUGGCUGUGUGCACAUUUGGGGCGCUGCUUUAUGGCUUUCUGGUGUGGAACUUUGGCCACUGGCGUCGGCGGGGUGUCAGGGAGCCGCGGGCGCUGCCGCUGCUGGGCUCGUUCCCCAACAUGGUCUGGCCACGGCAGCACUUUACCAUGGACAUGCGGGAUCUGUACAUGAAAUACCGCGAAACGGAUAGCUACAUUGGCACGUAUCUGCUGAGAUCACCGAAGUUGCUGCUGCUGGAGCCGCGGCUGGUCUAUGAGGUGUUUGUCAGUGCCUUUCGGCACUUCGAGGACAACGAUGCUGCCCGCAUGGUGGACACGGGCAAGGAUGUGCUCGUCUGCUGCAAUCCGUUCGUGCUGCUGGGCAACGAGUGGCGCCAGCAGCGCGCAAUCUUCUCCAGUCUGCUGACCAACGGACGCAUUCGCACCACCCACGCCAUCAUGCAGCGCGUCUGUCGCGAUUUGUGCGACUUUAUUGGCAGGGAAUCGCUCAGGGGAGAGCCCCAGGAUGGCAUGGAUCUCGGCCUGCGCUUCACCGGCGACAGCCUCUUCGAUUGUGUGCUGGGCAUUCAGGCGCGCUGCUUCAGCGACUCCCCGCUGCCCGUGAUCCGGCACAAUCGGGAGAUGUCCAACGAGAAUCCCGGCCUGGCCAUUGCCGGCGCCCUCAACGGCCUGUUUCCACGCCUGCCCCGCUGGCUGCGGCCCAAGAUCUUUCCGCGCUCCUACGAUCGCUUCUUCGGGGAUCUCAUCCAGCAGGCCUUCCGCCUGAGACGCGGGCAGCACCAGGAGCGGAAUGACUUCAUCAAUCACCUGCUGGCCCUCAAGCGGGAGCACGGACUCACCGAGCCGCAGCUCACAUCGCAUGCCAUGACCUUUAUGUUUGAUGGCCUGGACACCACCUCCUCGACCAUCUCCCACUGCCUGCUGCUGCUGGGACGAUAUCCGGAGUGCCAGCAGCGGCUGUGCGAGGAGCUGGACAAGGCCAGUCCCACGAAGGAGCUGCCCGACUUGGAUGCGCUGAAUGAUUUGCCCUAUCUGAGUGCCUGCUUCAAUGAGAGCUUGCGCAUCUAUCCCGCUGGCGGAUGGGCCUCAAAGACCUGCACCGAGGCCUACAAGCUGCAGGGCAGCCACCACAGCCAGCCGCUGCAGAUGCUGCCGGGCGACAACAUCAUGAUACCCAUCUAUGGGCUGCACCACGAUCCACAGUUCUACCCAGAGCCGGAGGAAUUCCGACCCGAGCGCUUCCUGGACGGUGGCCUCAAGCGCUACAAGCAAAUGGGCGUCUUCCUGGGCUUUGGCAAUGGACCGCGCCAGUGCGUCGGAAUGCGUCUGGGCCUGGCCCAGGCCAAGGCUGCUCUGGCGGCCAUUGUGCAGCGCUUCGAGGUGCGAGUCAAUCCACGCACCGCCGACGGUCUCGAACUGGAUCCGUACAUCUUUGUGGGCUGCCACAAGGGCGGCAUCUGGCUGGAUUUUGUCGCACGUCAGCUUUAGGUUUUGGGUUUUGGGUUUGUGGCUUUAGGGUUUUGCUUUCCAAACAGUCUUUCGGUUGAGAUCAAUAAAAAUUAGCUGGCAAUCA